GCUCUUUCUUCCGCACACUCCGAGCCUUCCGUCGACGGUCUCGCCCUUCUGUUCCGGGUACCCGUUUAUUUCCAAACCCCUCACACACUGCAGGCUGCUUUCCCAUUUCCCUUUCUCCACCGCGUGGGGGUUGGGGAGGUGGGGGGAAGAUUGUGAAUAGCUUCGCGCUCCUUUGCCCGUAAGCAAAAUGGCGGCUCCGACUUCACUCGCGGUCACGUGUUUCGUUCCGCUGUGACGACGGGCGUACGCGGCGGUACCGCCCGUUCCGUGAGGGCGGCCCUGGCCUGACCCGAGCGAUGGCAGACAUCGAGGCAGGAUCCACGGCGGUCACUCCGCCCUCCGAGAGCGACGUGGAGUCUUGGGAAAGCGGCGGUGAGUCGCUGGAAUGUGCCGAGGGAGUGACAGCCGCAAGUGCGGGCAGGGACCAGCCGGCUGUGAAUGCGGCGGCCCGGGAGCGGGUGGGCGGCCGCCUGCAGGACAGCAAGAGCCUGGAUGGCAUCAGCCAGGUGUUGGGCGGUGUCCGAGGCCGCGACUGCAAACUGGAAGGGCGGAGGGCGACCAUUUCGAGUGCGCUUGAGCUGGAGGGGACGGUCAGCCACGACGGCGACCUCACCCACUAUGUGGCGAACAACUUGCAGCACAAGAUCAAGAUGAGCUCGAGGCAGAGCUUGGAGUCUGGAAGCAGCGUGAAAGCCAAAAGUAUGCAGAGGUUAAAAUCAGAUAUUCCACCAAUUGAUCCUGGGGUACUGCAAGAUUUGGAGAGAGAUGCAAAAGAGGUGGCACAAAAAGUUGAUCAAAUGAUGAGAGGCUUAAAUGCUACUAUCCAGAAUAUGACGGCACUUAGUGUGGGCUAUAUUCAGACUUAUCGUGAUUCAGUUGACAGUCUUGGAGAGUCAGUGGAUAUGAGUAUAAAGGGCAUGUACACACUAAUGGCCCGCUGUGAAGAGCUGGACAGAUCAAUGCAGCCCAUUCUGGUUCUAUCUAAACAGAUCCGUGAGGUCAAAAGAACUCUGGAAAUGUUUGAAACACUCUGCAAGUAAAGCCUAUUGCUGAUGUUGUUUAAUAAUUGAACUUUUAAAAAAAAACAUUAGCUGCUUUGGACGAUGUCCUGAACUGCAGCACUAGCAAAACAAUCGAGUGUUGAAGGUAAGAAGACAGAAACUGCAUUGAAGAAUAUAGCAUCUGAAGUCCCACAGUUAGCAGCACUAGAUGAUAAUGGCAUCUUCGUAUCCUACAAAGACAGAUUGUUAUGCUGCUGAACAAAACAUCAUGCAUUUGACUUGGAAAAAUUGUUUAAAUUCUUGAAUUUUAUGCCGUAACUGGUUAGGAGAUUUGCAUGUGGUCUUUAAUAAUUCAUUAUCUUUCAUUCUUCAAAUUGAAGAACUGCUGUUUUUGGACUAAUAUGAAUUUGCAAACUGCAUUGACCAAAUGACAUUUUCAGUUAGGGAGAACAUGCUUUGGAGAGCAUGCCUUGAUUAACGGUGCAGGUGCAGAGCACUGUCAGUUCACCUGUCUUAUGACUGGGAAGCACAAUCUGGAGAAAAUAUAAUAUUUAUCGUAA